CGGAGGGGGCGCCGCGGGCGGGCGAUGUGAACGCGGCGCGCGGCCCAGGUGAAUUGAUGGAGAGAUGGAAGAUGAAAACUGAGCAAGAGGAGGAAUGUUCAGGCAGACCCUAGGAGUGCUAGCUGCGAAGUUGAUGUGAGCUCGUAUUUACGCUGCUUGUCUUGCUGAGGAGCUCUGGCAAAUUACGGAUGCUCUUUGUCUCUGCAGAUUGCGCCUCGUGUCAGUAGAAAUGGACAGCAGCAGUUUCAUUCAGUUCGAUGUGCCUGAGCACAGCAGCACUGUUCUGAGCCAACUAAACGAGCUCCGCCUGCAAGGGAAGCUAUGCGACAUCAUCGUCCACAUUCAGGGUCAGCCAUUCCGAGCCCACAAAGCUGUCCUCGCUGCCAGCUCCCCGUAUUUCCGGGACCAUUCAGCAUUGAGCACUAUGAGUGGCUUGUCAAUAUCUGUGAUUAAGAACCCCAGCGUGUUUGAGCAGUUGCUGUCCUUCUGUUACACUGGAAGAAUGUCCUUGCAGUUGAAGGAUGUUGUCAGUUUUCUGACCGCAGCCAGCUUCCUUCAGAUGCAGUGUGUCAUUGACAAGUGCACGCAGAUCCUGGAGAGCAUCCACUCAAAGAUCAGUGUGGGAGAUGUUGACUCUGUCACCAUUGGUGCUGAAGAGAAUCCCGAGAGCCGGAACGGAGUGAAAGAUGGCAGCUUCUUCGCCAAUCCUGUUGAGAUCUCCCCUCCAUAUUGCCCUCAGGUACGGCAGCCUCCAGUCAGCAGCGAUCUCCGGAUGGAGACGACCCCCAACAAAGCCCUUCGGAGCCGCUUACAGGAAGAGGGACACUCAGAUCGGGGGAGCAGUGGCAGCGUGUCUGAGUAUGAGAUUCAAAUUGAAGGGGACCACGAGCAAGGGGACUUGUUGGUGAGGGAGAGCCAGAUCACUGAGGUAAAAGUAAAGAUGGAAAAGUCUGAGCGGCCCAGUUGUUCUGACAGCUCCUCUCUGGGCGAUGAUGGCUACCACACAGAAAUGGUUGAUGGGGAGCAAGUUGUGGCGGUGAACGUGGGUGCCUAUGGCUCUGUGCUCCAGCAUGCAUAUCCCUACUCCCAGGCAGCCUCACAGCCUUCCAGCAUGCCAGAAGCUUUUGGAAGUCAGAGUAAUUCCAGCCCAUCCAGGUCCAUGCUGAGCUGCUUCCGAGGCCGUGGUGCCCGCCAGAAGCGGGCUCUGUCUGUUCACCUGCACAGUGACCUGCAGGGUGUGGUGCAAGGAUCUGACAGUGAAGCCAUGAUGAACAAUCCCAGUUACGAGAGCAGUCCUCGGGAGAGGAGUGCAAGGGGUUACUGGUACCCAUACAACGAGAGGUUGAUCUGUAUUUACUGUGGGAAGUCCUUUAACCAGAAGGGAAGCCUCGACAGGCACAUGCGACUGCAUAUGGGAAUCACCCCCUUUGUGUGCAAGUUCUGUGGGAAGAAGUACACACGCAAGGACCAGCUGGAGUACCACAUCCGGGGCCACACUGAUGACAAACCAUUCCGCUGUGAGGUCUGUGGGAAGUGCUUUCCAUUCCAGGGCACUCUCAACCAGCACCUGCGGAAAAACCACCCGGGUGUCACUGAGGUCAGAAGUCGUAUGGAGUCUCCCGAAAGAACAGAUGUGUACGUGGAACAGAAACUUGAAAGUGAUGUGUCAGCCUCAGAAAUGGCUCUAGAUUCCCGAAUGGAAAUCCACACGGUAUCUGAUGCGCCUGACUAAGGUGCCACAGAGAAAGAGCUCCUGAGCAAAGCACAUCAGUCAAUGCAUAGUUGUGAUUUGCUUUGUUGUAAUCUUUGGUUUUCCCCAUCUGGAAAUCUCUUGGUUUCUUGGUAGUUUCUCUGAAGGUUCUGGGUGUUGCACUUGUGUUUACCUUCUCUCCUCUCCCCUCCCCCAGGAGCUCAAAGCAUGAAGGGCAGCAGAUCCAGGGAAAACAGACUGACAGUAUUCCUCCUUGGCUGAAUGCUUCUCCCAACUCUGCCAGUGAUUUAGCUAUGCCAACUGGUUGACCCCACGUUCUCUGCCAAGAGGCAUGCACUCUUUCACUGUGGGUGCUAGCCCCAGUGCAUUUUAAUGGAAAGAGGCUAGAAUGCCGUCAGCUGAUACAAAUGGGUAACCUUUUCUAAUUUAAAAUUAGUUUUAGGGGUAGUUAGACAAUUUAUAUAUAUAUAUAUAAUAAAGUGGUUAUUAUAUAUAUAGUAUAUAUACAUUCUCAAAUUGGGGUUUAUUCUGGUUGAGGUGAAUGUAAGAGGAAUAUAUAAUUUAAUACAAUGUGAACAGAGUCUGACUCUGUUUCAACCCCGCCUACUAUGUUAGUUUCCACCCUUUGUUUUCCUUACUGAAGAAUGUCAGUAGAUUUUCACAUACAGUGAUCAUUGUGUCCAAAUGCAAGCAAAGCAAAUCACAGUGUUCAUAGCUCUGCUUCAUAACAAACACAUAAACCAAAUGCCAUAAAACUCCUUCAACUGUAGUGGGAACCAUUUGGAACUUUUGUUCGUUGUCCAGCUGUGCUGGAUGACCUGUGGUGCUGACCUUUCUACACAGUGUAGUGUUAUACUAGCCAACCCCAAAGGAGCAGUGGUUUUCAAGGUUUUUACUACAAAUCUACCUACCUUCAUUCCGUACUGUAGAAGCAUACAUCCAGGUAACUAAUCAGAUGACUCCACCGUGAGCAGUGCUCUCACUGAAGGGCAGGAGUUUGUAGCGCUUGCCUACAGAUUUCUCCAGGAAGUGUUGUGCUUUAUCAUUUGUUUUCUUCUGGUUUUUCACUCUCUCCUCAAACAGCCAGUUCAGGUGCACAACAACUUUUUCUAUGCAGUUCCUAGGGAAGCUGCAGAACUUGGAAUUUGUACUUUUUGUAAAGCUGUACUCUACGGGAAUUGCAAGCAAUAUAUCUAAUCUUAGUAUUGUGUGUGCUAAUGAGAGCCACAGUGGCUCCUCUACUCUCUCAGUGUUUCUUGCUUAAAGAAAAAAAUGUCAAAACCAUCUAAGAUCCUCAGUGUGUCACCAAAUCUGUGUGUAUGUCUCACCAUUUUUGGUCACGUGGUGCUAUUUUUAUGUUAAGUAUCUUUUAGGUCAGUAUCGUCUAGAAAAUGUGAAACCCACGAGUAGUGAUGACUUACUUACUUUCCUCUCAAGUUCACAGCUUGAAAAGAAACCUCAAAAGCAUGUGCUGGCAAACGGGUUACUGUCUGAGUUGUGUCUGGUCAGUGCUUUGGAAAGUGUCUGCUCUUCGGUUCAUACACACCAACAGGCUUCACGAAUGCUCUGGUUCCGUGAACUCAGGCAGAGAGGGCAAUCUGAUAGGCAGUUACAGGCCAGCUUUGCGGCCGACUGCAGAGACAGCAGUGCUCUAGUCUCUGCCUGAGUACCUGGGCUCUGAGACCCAGACUCAAACAAAACCCAGAAACUGAGGACCAACCUCAGAGGCUAGGAGCUAAGGAAUACAAAAUAGAUGUUUGCUGAUUUGCCAUGCUUUUUUGGCUCUUAAAAUACCAAGAAUGAUGGGUUUGGGGGGAGGUAUUUUGUUUGGUUUUUGGUUUUUUUUGUUUUGUUUUUUGGGGUUUUUCUUGUUUGUUUGUUUU